UAAGGUUUUGAUGGUCUGAACAGAAGAAAGGAUAGGUGGGUGGAAGACGAUGGGUAGAUUGCCUGAAAGUUAAUCAUUAUAUAAACAUGAUUGUGUAUGUGAUACAGCAAAUAAUCUAGUUUAGCUUUGCUUGCUUUACUCGUUUAUAUGAGCGUUAAUCUGAAAUUGAUAUUUUGCAUACUUUCACGCAACUAUAUUUCGCUCGGAUCUUACAACACCACUAGGAUAACUGUAUGCCUCGUUUACACCGGUAUGUCAACCAAAUGAUUAUGGAUUGGCCUAGAAGGAGAGUUGAUUUGCUGCUAUACUGUGUAAGCUUAACUCUUUCAUUACCAAUCGGAGGACGAACGUGCAUCACCGCAUCUGGCACGACAUCGACAUCAGAAUGUGCUACACAGCCAACGCACAUGUGUCGUGUCACCACUCAAUACGAGGAUGUAGUACUUUCCAAUCAUACCGUAUGGGCCUGCAUAACUAAUGGACUAACUUCUCUGCACUGCACUCCCAACUGCUGUGCCUCCGACAAUCUCAUCGAUGGAGUGAUCAAUCUCACUAGAGGCGCUAGAACAGAGAUUGACUGCUUGAAGACUUCUACCAACCCGACCAAUCCCUACGUACACAAGUUGGAAAUACACGGACCCCCUGACUCCCAAGUCCUUAUGGCGGUUUCUAAUGGUGAUGCUCGUAACGUAAUCACAGUAACUGACGCAGAGGAUGGUGACGAUGUGUACAUCUUCAAUGUUAAUAGCUUCGUCACGGAUGAUGAUUACUUCUUGUCGUCAUCUAAUGUUGUCUAUCUUCACGGUACCUUCACAAAUUCUGGUCAGGGUCAAAAUGUUGUCAUCAUUUCUCAGGCUUUCGACAUCAUCGAUACCAUCGUGGCGACUACUCCUCCCCAGCAGUGCACAGUGUCACCUCCUACUACUGGGGACAAUCAAUGGUAUACUCGCGCUGAAUGCGAAGAUGGCAUGCACAGUUUCAACAAAUCCUGCUACCAAUUCAGCACCGCCAAUGCGAAUCUAGCCACGGCAAGGAUAAACUGUGAAGCAAUGGGGUAUCAUCUAGUCUACAUCGAGAGUAGCGAGGAGCAGGGCUUCCUGGAGUCCAUGGUGAACGGGAUUGUCCCUUUACCGAAGGAGCAAUGGAUCGGCAUAGAGAGGACAGCACAGGGGGAGAGGGUCUGGAUGGAUGGAUCUACCAUCACAUACUCUAAUUUCAGAGCGGGGGAAGCACGAGAAGAAUGCUUCCAGAUACGACAACAGGAUGCCUACGAGUGGAGAGAUCAUGACUGUGGUCACAAGCAUGCCUAUAUCUGCGAACGAGAACAAGGUUACAAUGGUCACGUCCCAAGCGACGGAGGAUGUGUUGCAUUUAGCGGUACUCUGCCGACCAACAUUAACAACGAGGGCGCCAUUCUACUCAAAUUCGGUUAUACAAUCAAGACCACUCAGGUCUUUCAAACUACUGGAAGGACGAGAACAACAUCAGUAUUUACAGGCAACUAUAUAACGGCAUGUCUACCAAGAAAUGAGGCAUUUUUGUACCAAAAUGGUCUCGAAGUCGACGUAUCCUGUGGUUUUAUUUCAACUUCCUCGGAUUCGUGGGCGGUAACCUUUCAAGCGAGAGGAACUGGAAUGUUUGAAAUUAAUGACGUGCAGCUGCUUAUCUACAACAGAACAGAGCCCCCUACGAUCAGACCCAUGUAUGUAACGUCAACCACAAUGCCACACACAGCACCUUCUGCUACUACAAGUCAGAAUAGUACAGCCAUAGAUCUCGAUGUCUCCGCGGUUACUAUACCAAGUAUACCACAGACCACCAGUCCAACAUCUCUGCUUACAUCAUCCCUUACAACAACAAAUACCACGACACAAGGAAAUGGAAAAUCAACAGGAGUCACAUGUUUCGUCAGGAGAAGACGAUUGGCAUCCGUUGACCAGAACCUUAAACCCCAGACUUCAGAAGCAUACGUCAAAAACUCUGCAUUCGACAAGGACAAUAAUGAGCAGCACGAGUAUACAGCGUGCAAACAUUCAGUAAAGAGCUCUUCAAAACAAGCUGAUCCCUCGGAUGUACUUGACGAUGUUAAUCAGCACGAGUAUACUGAGUUACCUUGUGAUAGAGCCCCUAAACCUGACAACCUGGUGAUCUACAGCGAGGUGGGAGAAGAAGAAUAUAAUGUUCUGUUCGGCGGCAAGAUGAGGGGUGACUAUCAUGAAUACAAUCUACCAGACUCUGACCAGGAGAAGCCAGGUAGAGCGGUCCCAGCUGAAAGGCUUCAGGAUGAUGGUAAUAAUCUUCAUCGAAAUCGAUCGUUGAUUAAUGGGACUGAGCAAAGGUCGGAAGACUACAGUGUUCCGUUCGAUGGACAGGAGAAGGGCGACUAUCAUGAAUAUAACCUACCAGACUCUGACGAGGUGAAGCCAGGUACAGCGGUCCCAGAUGAAAGGCUUCAGGAAGGCGGCAGUCGACAUAUCCUGAACGGAACAUUAAUUAACGGGUCUAAGAAGACAUCGUUGGACACGGAUCAUGUGCUACCAAUGCUUCAGAAGAAAGCUGGGGACCAUGCCGAAGCGGGCGACAAUGCAUACCAACAUUUACACACGACUGACGAUGGAAGCUACACUCCACUUACGAAAACUGGACAGUCGUCUCCAGGUGACAAUGGCUCUCUGCAUGAGUCAUCCAUUCCGAAGAAAUGCAUUAAUGAUGAAUUUUCAGAUGGUAAAUCAAAGAUAACAUCAGAAUAUAACGAUCCAAUCUCCAAAACUGAUGAGGAAUCAUACGAUUGUCUCCAGCGCGCAUCGUUGGCGGGGGCCCAGAGGAACGCGACCAAAGAUGCAGUUCAUGUUGACGAGAAUGACUAUCUGACCCCCAAUUCAGGCAACACCUACCAGACCUUGGCAAACCCUGAAGCUCAACCGGAGAAUUCUGGCGAUAAAAUCUUGGACUACUCGCAUCUCGAAAGAGAUCUAAAAACCAAUCCCCUGCCCGAUCCGACUAUAAGCCCGAACGAGAGCAAUCAGUAUGAGAAACUCAAUCUACAUUAA